CUGGACUAAUAGUGAAAGUUUUACUCCGACCAAUGCACUUUUUGGGCGGCACUUUACGCACUGGCUCGUGCCACUUCCCUUUUCCCUUUCACACCAUCCUCUGCGGUGUGCUGCGCUGCGAUGGACUCCUGCACGACUUUCUGCCACCAAAUAAUCCCAAAACGGGACGAUUAGGGUGGAAAAACAGAGAAGGGGGUUAAACGAGUUGUCUUUAGAUCUCUGGGAGGUGAAACUAAGAGGAAUACGGAGAAGGCGGGUCUUGUGGAUCAAACAGCGGCUUUGGGACUUAUCAUCUUCUGGCUGUACAGCCCGUUUCAGACGGCCCACAUGGAACCGGCCCUCAGAAACUUCAGUGCUCUCAACCAGACAGAGGUUUUCACGUCAGUCUUCAACUCCAGCUGUCGCUUCAAUGAGGAGUUUAAAUACAUCCUGCUCCCUGUGUCCUACAGUCUGGUGUUUGUGCUCGGCUUCGUGCUCAACGCUAUGGCCUUAUGGGUGUUCUUCAAGAUGCGUCCGUGGAACCCGAGCAUGGUGUUCAUGUUCCACCUCGCUCUGUCGGACUUCCUGUACGUGCUCUCCCUGCCUACGCUCAUCUACUACUAUGCCAACCGCAACCACUGGCCAUUCGGUGUGGCUGCUUGCAAAACUGUGCGCUUCCUCUUCUACGCCAACCUGUACUGCAGCAUCCUCUUCCUCACCUGCAUCAGCGUACAUCGUUAUAUCGGUAUCUGCCACCCCAUCAAGGCUCGGAACCUGGUGAAGUCUCGACACGCCCACCUGGUGUGUGGCCUGAUGUGGGCUGUCGUGACGGUGUGUCUCAUACCCAACAUCGUCUUCGUCACCACCUCCAGGAGGGACAAUGACACUCUGUGUCAUGACACGACGAGCCAGGGGGCCUUCGAGCAGUAUGUGGACUAUAGCUCCGUCGUCAUGGUGCUGCUGUUUUGCAUCCCGUUCAUGAUCAUUUUGGUGUGUUACUGUCAAAUGGCGCGGGCGUUGUGCCGACCCAGGCAGGGAUUAUCAGCCAGCCCCCAGGGCAACAACUCCCGCCAGAAGUCCAUCAAGCUCAUCAUCGUGGUGCUGGUGGUGUUCGCGGUCAGCUUCGUCCCGUUCCACAUCACGCGGACGCUCUACUACACCUCGCGCGUGCUGAAUCUCCACUGUGAAUUCCUCAACGUCGUAAACUUCACCUACAAGAUCACAAGGCCGCUGGCGAGCGUCAACAGCUGCAUCGACCCCAUUCUGUAUUUCCUGGCAGGCGAUCACUACCGCUCCAAACUCAUGUUUGUUCUGACCAGGAAACAAAGAGCAACAACGAGCGAGUCAAAACCGGAACUGGUUGAAAUUCAGCCCAACAUUAAGUGAUUGCCUAGGACUCAUCUUUAAGGACUCACCUAAACCCAAUGAAGAGGUUGAAACAUAAGGUAGACUUUAGUGUUUAGAAAUAAACAUUCAGUCUGACUCAUUUGGAUAUUUUUAUAAUAAAUGUUACUGUGAGGUGUGAUUUACAUGCUUAAAAUCUCAAUUCUUGUAGUAUUUUAUGUGCAAAAGGAUGUGUAUCUUAUUUUGUGUGUGCAGCAUCCAACCAUAGUUGUAUAGUUGCACAUAUCUAUAUGAAUAGAUAAUAUUUUCAGUGAUGUGUAGAAAUAUUGUUCUGCUCAGAAAAUUGUGCUUAUUUUUGUGUUUGUUUUACCACUGAUGGUCAUUAAUGCAUAAAUUAUUCAGCCUGUGAACUGGUAAAUCUGUGAAUUUCCAUUUGAUCAAACUCGUGGUUUGAAUGGAUCGGAUGUUGAGAUCAAAAUAUGUCAGAAAGUCUGGUUGUUGUCUCAGGAGAUGAGACUCAGAUGAAGCAACUCCUCCUGUUCUAUCAGCAGUGUUUUGGUGCAUUACUCAGAAACAACAGCUGCAACCAGUGCAGCUCCUGAUCCCAGACCAGCUGUUUUUGUCCUUCAGCAGACACAAAUAUGGAGACAACUUUGGACUCUGCUUUCAAAAUCCCCCACACACCCACUGGGAGAGAAUGGGUUUUUUAUUCUGCUCUUUACAUGAAUAAUAAUGCACAUAGUUUUUUUUUUCUAUUAUUGUCUUUUAGACAUUUUGAUAGCUUUACAAAAGCUGACACCAGAGCUGCAAAGUUACUGAAUGAUGGAGUCCUCCACCCUUCUUUUUAUGUGGAUGUACAAAGUACUGUCACGUGGUAUUCUUGUGGUAUCACUGAAGAUGUUUUUAUAGUUACAGUUUUAUACGAUUCAUAAAAUUUCACCACAUGAUAGCAUUGGUGUCAUAAACUAAAUAAAUGUAUUUUCCAACUGA